AUGCAGCACUACUCAAAACCCUGUUCAGCAUGCAGCUGGUCCCCUGAACGACAGGAGGGUUGCCGCUACGAAAGUAACGUUAAGAUCAUCCAUGCGAUGAGCGACAGAGGCGUAUGGUCCUUGGGUUCGAAUCUGAUCUUGAAGGAACGUUCUAAUCAAGCACCCAACUUUGAAGCCGAGAAUCUGCGGUUCUUGAGGGAAAAUACCUCGAUCCCAGUGCCCAGUGUGGUUGAAGAUUGGGAAGAGCCUAAUGGGCACUACUUCGUGUUGACGAAGCGGAUUCCCGGCGUCCCCCUCAGCAGCCUCUGGCCGCGCAUGAAGAUGGAUGAUAAGGAACGUAUAGCCAAACAAACUGCCGACUAUCUAAUGCAACUUCGCGAGUUGCAUUCCAACCGGAUGGAGUCCCUUGGGGGUAAGCCAAUAUAUUCUACUUUUCUCUUCCGAAGGGGUCAUGGUAUUCCACACGGCCCUUUGGCGUCUGACGACGACCUUUGGGCCGAGUUGGAGGUGGCUCUUGAACAUGUGCCUGUUGAAACUCGUCAGCGACUUCGGCAACGCAUGCCGUCUGCAGCGCCGUAUACAUUUACGCAUGGAAAUCUCACUUCUGCCAAUAUCAUGGUCGAGAAUGGUAGUCUUACUGGCAUACUUGACUGGGAGGCUUCGGGGUAUUUUCCGGUCUGGUGGGAAUUUACCUGUGCUGGGAUUGGUCUGGGGGAAGAGGACAGAGAUUGGAGGGACCUGUUGCAGGAGUACAUGCCUGAUUUAUCUGAGGCUCGCGAAUGGUGGUUGGAUUAUUGGUCUUUGACAAGGUACCCCAACCGGAAUGAGAGGGCAACGGCUCUUCUCGAGCACAAGGAGAGUAUCAGUUCUGCGUAG